AUGGGUUUAUCUGUGAUGCUGAGAGAGGUGAGUGAUUGUACAUGUAAAUUUAUUACUUUAUUGGAAGUGCAAGGGAAACGUGCCGUCAUUGAAUGGUGUAUGAAAGUUGGUUUGAUUGCUACUUUUUUUGUUUGUUCGAAAUGUGGUGAAAAUAUGCGUUUUUGUGAGAGAAAGGGAAGUAUAGAUGGAUUUGAAUGGCGAUGUAGAAAGCAAGGAAAAGUGAAUGCGCAUGAUGUUUGUAGGAGUAUUAGGAAAGGUUCAUGGUUUAGUCAUAGCCAUUUGAGUAUAUGUGAUAUUUUGAGAAUUACGAGGUGUUGGUUUUUGAAAAUGGGAAAUGAAUCUGUGAUUCAAGAAGUGAAAGUGCAUGAACAUGCUGUUGUUGAUUGGUUUAUGUUUUGCAGAGAAGUGUGUAUGACGACUGUGAUAAAUGAUGAUAGUGUUCCAAUUGGUGCUGAAGGAGUAAUAGUUGAAGUCAUGGAGGUAGGAAUAAAGUGCAGUGCAACUCUUAGAACAAUUGAAUUGACCAAUAAAAUGGCUGACAAUGGAGCCAAUGCUGCUCUUGUUAUUUCACCAUUUUUCUAUAAAGGUCGAAUGAAUGAUGAUGCUUUAUAUGAUCAUUACAUAAAGGUGGCAGAUGGUUCUAAAAUACCUAUAAUUUUAUAUAGUGUCCCUGCCAAUACAAAUUUAGAUUUAAGUUCAUCACUAGUUGCAAAACUUGCAGAACAUCCAAAUAUAAUAGGUAUGAAAGACAGUGGAGGCGAUAUAACAAAAAUUGCCCACAUUGUUCAUAAGACAAAAACUAAAGAUUUUCAAGUCUUAGCUGGUUCUGCUAGUUUCUUAUAUCCUGCACUUUGUGUAGGCUGUGUUGGUGGUGUGGUAGCAUUAGCCAAUCCUCUAAGUAAGCAAGUUUGCGAAUUAUACCAAUAUGCUAUGGAUGGGAAACAUGAUGAAGCCUGUAACCUGCAGCAUAGACUUAUUGGACCUAAUUUAUGUGUAAGUAAUAGUAUUAGCACACAUGUUUAUUUGUAUUGGAAUAAUAUAUUCAUUGCACGCCACGGCAUGCAAUGAAUUGGAAGUUGA